AUGAGGUGGGUCCUGGCGACCGGCGAGGAGUACCGCGGAGGCCCGGGACCACAGCCACCCGCCGCCGACAUGAGGCUCAUGUGGUACGACGACGAGCUCGCGGCCGUGGCGCAGCGCUGGGCCGACCAGUGCCAGUUCAAGCACGACACGUGCCGGAGCGUCGAGCGCUUCCCGGUGGGUCAGAACAUCUACCUGGAGCGCACGAGCCGUCCCCUGAAGCGGCCCGACUGGGAGGCCGUCACCAACAAGUGGUUCGAUGAGGUGGCCAAGCACAGCGGGCGCCAGACGCUGUACCCUUACAGGUUCUCCGCCGUGACGGGGCACUUCACGCAGCUGGCCUGGGCGAGCUCCUUCCUCAUGGGCUGCGGCGUGUCGGAGUACACCGAGCUGGCGGCCGGCCGGCGCUGGUACACGCGGCUGUACGUGUGCAACUACGGCCCCUCGGGGAACGUCAUCGGGGACUGGAUGUACCGCGCCGGGGAAGCCUGUAGCGGCUGCGGCCCGGAGUCGUACUGCUACUACGGCCUCUGCGUCUGAGUCUGAGCCCAGGUCCCCAGGUCUCGUUCGCACUAGGAUUUCGAACGCGUAGAGCACGAUGUACGCACAGAUCAAAUUUCAAGAUUCACCCCGUUUACGACUUGUGUUCCUUUCGUUUCCCUCUGUUCACGAAGCGUUUGUUGUGAUUUUCAUUUUGUUGACUUAUACUUUUUUUUUAUAUCUAAUAUUUUACUUGCCUCAAGGAACGACUUAUCUAGAGCCAAUUAAAUUUAGGAUGUAACUGGUCGUUUAGAUCAGAUUCUGAAUACCAUGCUAAAAUGGGAAGAGAAGGGAAGCACUGAACCAAACAAAAUAUAAAUGCAGAAGAUGGUUUAUUAAUUUUUUAAAUGUACAAUCAGUAGAACUUGCACACUUUAAGUGUCAAGUUUACAAUCACAUUUUCCCCACAUUGUAAAAAACAUGUUAAGUAUUUACCAGAUUUUUAGAAAUCUCAAAAACAACAUUGAGGACACCAUUUGUACAUGCAACCCAAGAAAGGAAUUCCAGAGAUUAGACUUUCUUCUUCCUUGAAAAGUCCUGGAAUAGAUUCCAGAUAAAAAUACAAAGAGAAAAUUCUCUAAAUUCAUUAAGAAA